CCAUGACUCUUCUGCAGAUGUUUUCAGAGCACAAACUGGGGAGAUAUCACGCUAAGCUUAGCCUUUAAGGGCACGACGCGCUGCACUUAAACCAGUUUCAAUGCACUCAACGACGUUAUAGAUACACCACAGUCUCCAAGAAAUUAAACAUUCUUGGGUUAUGGCGACCAUUGCCGGAGAUGAUGAUUUUGAUGAAUAUGAUAAGCCUGGUGCUGAAAGGUCAAGACGCCGAAGAGGAGAGGAUGAUGAUGACUUGGACAGUGAUUUGGAGGGAGACUUGCUUGAAGAAGAUUGGCUAUCAUCAAAAAAGAACCCAUCAGAGUUGUCAGAUGAAGAACUAAAUGAUGACCUCCUCCAAAGUGAUGAAGAGGACCAAAAUGCAAGUGGGCAGGUUGAUUCCUUGAGUUUAAAUGCCACACAAGAUCUGGGAACCUCAGGUCACCUCAACGUUGAAGACCCUGAAGGACGCGGAUAUACAGAAAAUGCGUACAAUGAGACAGAAGAGGGUUUCUUUCAGGAUGGACCAUAUGAGGACGAACGAUACCAAGGAGAGGAUGAAGGUCUGGAAUACUCAGUAGAGCAGAAUUAUGAGGGAUAUCAAGAUGAAGUGCUAGACCUUCAGAUAGAUGAGCCACUGGAUGACGAUUUUCAAGUGGAUGAGUACCCCACUGAGUACAGGAAAGCACAGACUGACCAACAGAAAAUGGUUGAAGAAGAGGAGGAGUUUGAAGAGCAAACUGAGGAGCACGAUCGCUCUCAUGUCACAGAAUUUGAGGAGGUUGAGCAUGAAAAUGAAGCUGAAGGUGAGCCAGAGCAAGACGAUGAUGUGAAGGAGGAGUCUGAAGAGGAAGAGGAAGAUGAUGGAGAAUCUGGCCGUCUGCGAUUUAAGAUCGAACGAAAAGAUGCCACAGUGGUCAGGCUAUCCGAUGCUGCCAGUAAAAGAAGAAACAUCCCAGAGACAUUAGAGCUCUCAGAGGAAGCUAAAGCAGACCUACAGGAGUUUGAAGAGAAGGAGCGUCAGAGAAAGCAGGGCCGUUUUGGAGGACGAGGAAGAGGGUGGCCACGAACAGAUGGAGGGAGGGGAGGAAUGGCAGGUAGAGGUGGUGUCAGGGGAAGAAUGGGAGGAGGACGAGGCGGAAGAGGCGACUUUUAUCCAUUUGGAAUGGGGAUGGGAGAUCGAGGGCGAGGGAGAAUGCAUGACCAGAGGCCUCCAUUGAUGCAAGUGAACUUAGGAAUGCAGCAGCAGCUCAGAAUGACACCUCAACUCCAUCAUCAUCACCAUCAUCAAUCUCAUCUAUCCAGCCCCAGAGGUGCUGGUGGUCCUGGCCUUUUCCCAGAUCCUCAGCAACCACUGCCGCUGUUGAUGCCCCACCUGACCCAACGUUCGUCAGGACCUUCCAGAGCACAACACGACACGCACGGGCGCAUGAUGAGCUCGCCGCCAAGGCACACGCACCCCAGCCAGCAACAUCAACAUCAACAGCACCAACCCAAGAACAUUCACAUCAACCCUCACUUCAGAGGACCAUCCUCCUCACCUGUGCAAGUUUCCUCAAUGCCUCCCGUGCAGAACCAGCCAAGGCCUAACAUGGCUCUACAGAGACUCCCGGCUCCUGAUUUUCCGCAGCACCUUCAAGGAAACUUUGGCCCACCUCGGCCCCUGCCCCUCCAGGAGCCAUGGAGAGGACCACCACCACCUCACCAGGAUCGAGAGCACUUUUUCGCUAGUGAACCACGUUUUCCUGGCCACCACAUGUUUGACCAACCAGGCCCUGUCCCCCUAAUGAAUAGCAGUAUUCUUCCAUUGCCGGGGCAAGGACCUCCGCCUUUCCCUCCGCAAGGGGGGCUUGGGGGUCCGGGUUUUGGUCCUCUAGGUGUUGGGCAGAGCCAGGGUCCUCAGGGAGGCGGUCUUUUCCAGAGAGAUCCCCCUCGGCCUGGUUUGGCCCCACCCCCUGGUCCCCGUGGCUUUGUUGGUCACAGACAGUCCUACUCACCCCAGCAGCCAGGACCCCCUUUUAGCCCCCAGCACAUGCCAUUUGGUAUGCAGGUACGCCAGAGAGGUCUGUUGCAGCAGCCUCUGCACCAUGAUCCUCAGUUAUCGCACCAGUCCUUGCACCAGCAACACAGACAGGACUUUCUCCCACAGGGACUGCCUCAGCCUCUGCACCAACAGCACCACCAACACCAGUCACGGGACCAACAUCCCAUCGUGCCUCUCUCCCAGUCCCAUUACCGCCAACAAGAGAGACAGCCAAACCACAGACAGAUGCAGCCCCGCCAACAGGGAAACCAGCAACGAAACAACCAUCCUAGACCCAGAACGACGUUAUCUUCACCCCUGCAGCAGAUCCCUCCUCAGCGCAACAGCAACCUUCGUGAGCUACCCUUCGCCACUGGUAACAGCAGUAUGAACCUGUCAGCACCUAGUGGCCAAGCAAAGCCAGUUACCAAGGUAACACAGAGUGUUAGACCGGGGCAGGCUCGUGGUGGACUCGCAGGAAGGGGAAGACCUGUGGCGCAAGGACAAGCUGUUAUCAGAGUACAGCAGCAGCAACAGCAGCAGCCCAUUGCACCUGAGAUAAAGAAAGAGCAUCCAGCCGCACAGUCGAGCACCACUCCAGAGGAUCCAAAUGAAGAUGAGGAGACCCGUCAGUACCGGCUAAAGAUCGAAGAACAGAAGCGUCUGCGAGAAGAGAUCCUCAGGCGUAAAGAGCAGCGCAGGCAGAUGCAGGCUGGGAAACGCAAACAAGAACUAAUGGAAAGAAUAAGCGGGCAGAACCCAAAUCAGACCCCUCAAACACAACAUCCCAACCAGACCCCUGUACUUCAACCCACUGGAGGCCAACCGGUUCCCUCACUGGUCUCUAAUGGCACAAUUCAGAACCCUUCAUCAGCUCCCGGUGCCCCGCGUCUGAACGUGAAGGCCUGUCUGCAGAACACUAAACCCCAGGGGCAGGCUGGGCCACAGAAGCAACAGGUCACUGGUCCUGAUUCCAACCAGCAAGCACAGCAGAAAAGGCCCGUGAAUCCACAGACUGUUCAGAGACAGAAUGCUGUUCCGAGUAGCCCUGUAGAGGGGCACAGCCUGCCUCAACCUCAACCCGGUGGAAAGAGGACAGUGAUGCAGCGAACAAACAGCGUGGAAUCACCGCAGGUUCCACAGAAGGUUCGAGUGAUUAAGCUACUAGGAGAGCAGGCAGCGGCUGGUCCCACUACCGGUCCCCUACCUCAGCAGCAGCCAAUAGGACGGCUUGCCCCCCAACAGAGACUGGGUCCCAUCAGGAAAGUUACCAUGGCAACUGCCGGUGUACAAAAUCAACAACAGGCCGGACGUGGCAUUGCAAACCAAACAAACCGGAUGGUAGUCCGGGGUCGAGGCCGUGGUGGGGGGCGCAUGAUGAUGCAUCAGGGCCAGAGAGCUCAGAAUCAUCAGCCCAGCGCCGUCUGCAUUGAGGGUUUGUCCACCACUACAACCAGCAAACAGCUCAUGAACCUGCUCAACUCUAUCGGCCCUGUUGAGAUGUUUACAAUGAUACCUGAGCAGCGGAAAGCCAUAGCAAAGUUCACGAUCCCACAGCAUGCAACCAGUUUCCAGCACAGCUUUCACAGGCACAUGAUAGAUUUGUCUCACAUCGAUGUUUCCAUUAUUGAUGGCUGAGGAACAAGUCAGUUCGUCAGAAGAACAGAAAGAGAAGCGAACAAGAACUUUUGUGAACGCUGGAAGCUCAAUCUGGAGUCCAAAGCACUGGAAGCUGUGUGGAAGUACUGUCAACAAUUGAAAAACUAAUGCAUAAGUGAAUUAAAAAAACAAGAUGGGGCCUGCGGGACACGACAGCAGAUGAGCUAAUGUUGUGAAUGACUUUGGCGUGACGUUUCGCUUUUUCUGUACAUUCAUUUGUAUUUGAAAGUCAACAAAUAGAGGGGAAAACUCUUGUUAGUCUGAACCAGCCGGUGAAAAGAGAUGACACAAAAACAGUAUGUGUGGCAGAUGAUAAUAGUUGCUCCCAUCCUUUAACUUUCAAGACAAUUAAGAAAAAAAUGCUUUUGACAAUUGAAAUGCAGAAAGUCCUGCUUAUUUGGUAUUGCUUCUCAUGAACAUGAUUAAGUUGGUGGUUGUUCUGAUCUGCAGUUCUCUGUGCCGCCCGUAGAGUGCAGCAGUGGAAUGCAAAUCUGCUCUGGUGGCACUCUUUGGUUUCGAGAGCAUCUGGACAUAAAGGUGAAAGUAGAGGUAUUGAGAUGCAGUGAUAAGGGGCAUUUUUGUUGAGCUUUUCCAGGAUCCGAACUGUCGUGAACUUACUGUUAGAUUGCAGAACUGUAAUUUGUUGCUCUAUGGCUAUGAUCUUAACUUUGUUCAUUGUCCAUUUCAACUUUAUAAUUCUAUUCCACAUUGAUUAGGUUGCAAAGGUGUCUUUUGCAGAGCUGGAGUAGUGAUGCACGGCUCAUCUGUGGCUUUAAGACAUGGUCCUUGCAAUGUUAAAAAUUAUUUGACAAUUGAUGGCUUUUAUGCUUUGAUUUUAGGUUUAGAGACUAGCAUGUAGCAUUUGUCGGUUAUUUUAAUCAAUUUAAUUGAAAAAAUUGCUGAAGGAUUUGAAGGUGAGUUUAAAACCCACUCGCUUUUUUGGUAAUACAUCAUUUUAAAAUGUUUGGUUUUCUUUUCUAAAAAUGUGGCACAUAUAGUGUGUGAACGUGGAUGAAAUCCAUAGGAUUUUAUUGCAUUGUGUUGUGUUGCUUUGUCAGUGCUUGGUUUGCUUACCUGAUAUGGAUUGUCUCUUGGGCACUACAUGCUUUUGUCAUUUGUUUAUAUGCAGGGAUAUUCUGACUGUUACCAGUGUAUGGCUAGAUGUUUGCCUCUAUUUGAUGUUUAGUUUGUUGUUUUGAAGUUUAAAGUAAAACUGUAAAAUAAUAUUGUGUUCAUAAAAUUAAUUGUUUUUUCUAGUAUUAUUUUAGGCUUAGACACUAACCUACAAGUGCAUCUCAUUCAUAUAUUUUCAUUCUUCAGUAAACAGUGAAAGGAUUUUUAAUCGUGAGUGUUUCAAAUAAUUAUUAGUCCAUCAGUUGUGUGUAUGUGUAAUGCUGUACAGGUUAACCUAAACUGACAUUAUGGCUCCACAUUUCAGUUUUUUUCUAGUACGUUGUGUUUUUCACAUUAGUGAACAUUAGUCAGCUGUUUAUAUUAAAAGCUACUUAUGUAGUGAAAAUAACAUUGUUUCAAGAAUCUCAGUUAAGUCGAGCUUGUUCGAGCCGUUUCAAAGAGUAACCGAAAAAAUAAGCUUUUGUAACUGGUAGCACACCCAGGUGUGUACUUUCACAGGAUUUUGGAGCAACUAUUAUCAGUUGUCACUUUCUUGUAUAUAAUGAAAAAAAAAUGUACGAAGCUGUCAAGUCUAUUGUUUUCUCAUCUUGAAUCUUUCCAUUUUUGAAAAUGGUUUGACCAUACCUACUGGUAUACGUGGCAGGUGAAUUUCUUUUCUCCGUUUGUUUUUAUAUAAAUAUAAUUAUAAAGUAUUUCAUUGGUCAUUUUACAACAGUUUUGUUAUUGGAGAAGUUAGAGCUUAUUAUUUGAACAUAUUUUAAAAAUGAAAAUAAAAGAUGGUCAUGUAUAUACCAUGUAAAUACGGGUAUGUGAAGCCGACUAACUUUAUCAACCUUUACCUGUCUGAUGUUAUUUUUGUGUUGAAGAUUCCCUAUAAGGUGCUUUUUAUUAUUCUAACCAUUGCUGAGAGCCUUUAUAAAUGUUUCUCUCCAUGUUACUAAAUGUAGACGUUUUUCAAAGGAAGUAAUUUUGUUUUUCUUAACAAGUGACCAAUGUCAUUUGAAAUCUUUUAAUUGGUUCUGGUGCUGAUGCUGAGACGCUGAAUGUGUCCCUUAUCCACCCACUCAUUUUAUAAAGAACUCCUAUACAGUAUUGUAGUCAACAAGGUUCAUCUUGGUUUCCUUUUUGUUUGUUUUCGAACUUUGCAUCUAACAAAUUCAAGAGCAACAAACAUGUAUACAGAAAAUGGGUAAGAUUAGGAAUAAUUUGAAGAAGCAAAAUGUGAAGAUUCACAGUGUUUUAUUUUUUAUUUGUUUAUUGUUUACUUUGAGUUUUAGUAAUGCUGCAUUUCAUAAGGGUAUUAGAUACAAUUAUUAUUUAUAGUUGCAAAAUAUUAUUUUUUGAAAUGAGAGAAUAUUUAUAUAUGUAUAAGUGAAUCCUGUGGAUUUAAAUUGUUUCAGCUAGACUGAUUGUUUUCUAAGUCUUAAAGGACACAGCAUUUACAAACUGUUGUCUUAUAAGAGAGAAAAACAGAUUCAUAUUGAAUCAUUUGGUAACUUCUUUGUAGAAGAAUAACUUCCGUUGAGGACUUGGAGAAACUGUUCCUUUCCGAACUGUAAUCACACAUGUGAUUUAAGAUUUAAGAGUACUUUAUAGCUUUUAAAUUGGUUAAGGUAUUGCUUAGUGGUUUUACACAAUAUGUUUACUUUGCAAUGGUGGUCUGUUACAGUUAAGAGUAGGAUUAAGGUUUACAUUUUUGUUGCAAUGUUUUUUCUGUUAUAUUUUUUAUUUUUCUAAUCGACGAGUGACUUGCUCAUUUUAGAUUAUUUUUACAUGGAUACUGCUGCAGUUGUUGAGCCAUUGAGUGUUUUAAUACUUGGCUUUUUAGAAUGCUAACAUUUUAUAUGAUAGUUUACUGUGUGACCAAAAUGUACCCCAUUUAAUGACGUUUUCAAAGGGUUUUUACUAGUCUUUGGCCAUUUAAAGUGUCAAACACAAAAUAUUGCAACACAUUGGCAGCACUGGGAUGAUUUGUAAUUAAACCGUUAUUUCUCUUUCAGGACGGAAUCGGAAGCAAAGGAAAAGAGGGUUUUUCAUACAACAUUUUGGGGCGGUUUCCCGGACAACGAGUAUCUGAAAUCGGGACUAGGCCAUAGUUAAAUUAGGAUAUUUAAGUCCAUUGAAAAACAUAAUAUACAAAAAACAUUACUGGUCUGUAUCUUGAGACAAAACAAUCUCACUGAUAUGUUUUAAGUCAUGUCAGUGCAAGUUGUUUUCGAUCGAGACACCUCUAACAUUUCAGUUAGUCUAGGACUAGGAUUAAACUCUGUCCAGGAAACCGCCCCAUAAUCUAGCGUUUUUGUCUUUUAAGAUGUUACUUGCACUGGUUCUCAGAAGGACAGUUUUUCUGAACAUUAGCCUUACAAAAUUUUGGUUUGCUUGUUUUUACUUAUUAUAAAACUAAGUUAUGUUUUUGUUGAUACAGUAUAACUAAUAAAGUGCCUACAUUCCAUUUAUAGAGCAAUAAGUAUCACAGGGGAAUUAAAUUGGGUAGCUGUUGAGAUGUAUGCAUUAGUGUUGAAGUUAUUUUGGGUGUGGUAGAGAAAUAUGUAAUGCAAAAUAAACCUGGCAUAUAUGAACAUGAACGACGAGACUCUUUUUCAAAUAGUGACAUACCGUUUAGACUAGCUAACAGAUGCUGGUAGACCGGUUGCUUGUGCCUUGAGUGUUUCAUCAUGUUCUCAAGACGCCUGAGAGACGAUUAGUUUUAAGCAGUGCAGAAUUGAUAUUGGUGGCUUGGUCAGGUUGCUUGUGUAAGUGAGAACUGGUCUGUUUUGUGCUUAUGUCAUGUCAGAUUUGUGAUUUGUUUAUUAGCUUACUGUGAUGAUUUCUAUGGUGGAGAUGUCUGAAGAAACCAUACUUAUUUUAUAAAUACAUUACUUAAAGAAAGUUCACCCAAAAAUAAAAUAUUCAUUAUUUACCUUAUUUCAUUCCAUUCCUAACCUGUAUGGUUGUCUUCUGCAGAACACAAAAGAAGAUAUUUUUAAAAGCUUUUCUAGCCAGACAACUUUUAUGUGCACAAAAUUGCAUACAUUUCUGUAUAUCAUUGGUCGUGUUUGACAAAAGAAAGAGACAAAGGUUUUGAAUGACUUGAAUGUUUAAAUUAUAUUUUUGGGUGAACUCUCCCUUUAAACAAGGAUUAAUUAAUUUGUUUGUCUAACUUCAUAAAAGUAACAUUGUUCUAAACAGUCAUUUUUGAAAACCAUUGCACAUCAUCUUUCAAGACUGAAAUCACAUAUUUUAUGUGGUUUGAUUCCUAUAAAAAAUACAUUAAUACAGCUGUGUUAUGAAAAACCCUUCUUGUCAUUUAAAUCCUUAAUGAUAUUGUCUUUGUCUACAGUAAGCCUGACUCCAGAUGAUGCUAACUUAAUUUGUCUUAAUUUUUCAACAGGUGCUCUCGGUUUAACAUGUCUCUUUCUGUCUUUCUCCCUCGUUUCCCGUUUUGUUUCUCCUUUCUUUCCUUUAUUAUUUUCUUUCCUUCACUUUAUCUCUUGCUUUAUCUUUCACUUGUUCUUUCAUUGGUCUGUUUAUCCGGGAAUGAGGUUCGUUGGGAUGGCUGUUGUUGCUCACAGUGUGGUGUUUUGUGAACAUAAUCCUUCUGUAUCCAAGCAGGGGGACCUUGCCUCUGGAUUUCCUUUCUGUAUUAGCCUACGUCCAUGGAGGUUUUGCGUCUCUGGGACCACACCUUGAGUUCCAGAGUUCAAAAACUUGCACAAAGCCCAAGAGUGAUCUGUACUCUCUUUCACAGCUGUACACACGUGUUACAAUGAAAAGUGUUGUUGAAUGAAAAGGAAACAUUACUUUGGAAAUCAUUAUUGUAUGAGGGGAAGUGAUUUAUGCUCGGCUGUUAGGACCACUGUUCUGUUGUCCCUCAGUCAUGUAUUAAUGAAACUGUUUUGAUGUGUCUGGAGGUUUUACACAACCUGUUCAACAUGUUGAAUUACGAAAAUAAUAAACGAUGUUUGUUUAGUGACCUUUUAUUGCACUUGUCAGAUGAAAACCAUUAAUAUGCCUUAAUUGUACUUAUUGUAAUAAAUCGCUCUUCCUG